CGGCAUUUUAACCAUAACAAGAUGGGGCUCAGAUUGCUGCACACUCUCUCUCUACACUUUUCCUCUUCUAUUACAACAACUGGGACGUUGAAAGCUAGAGAUUGCAAUGCCUUGUGUACAAGCAUUUCUCCUCGUGGUUCUACCAAGUUAAAAGCACCUGCUAGCAGAGUGCUCAAGGUAUCUUCCGCGCUUGCAGAAACAGCAGCGUCUAUUGCAGUUGCGGCUACAGUUGUGGGGGCUGCGGCAACUAUUCUUGUAAGGAGAACUAAAGCUUCUGAAGUAACUGAGGCCCCGUCGAUAAUCUGUGAAGACUGUGGUGGCUCUGGAAUUUGUGCCGAAUGCAGAGGGGAAGGAUUUGUGCUAAAAAAGAUGUCCGAUGAAAAUGCUGAGCGAUUAAGACUGAUGGCAAAGAAUGCAGCUACCAGAUAUACAGCAGGGCUUCCCAAAAAGUGGAGCUACUGCAUGAAAUGCAAUGCUGCCCGAUCCUGCAGUUCAUGUGGGGGCAGUGGGAAGUUUAACUAAUUGUUAAAUUGCCCUAUGAUAUCAUAUCAAUUCAAUUGUGUUGCAGUUUCUUCUUUAUCAGAAAGAUAUUGUGGCAAUACACUGGGAAGAAAAUUGAAGAAUAUGUAGGCGGUAAUUCUAUGCAUAUCCUGAUUAUGAAUAGUUUGUCGAUAGUUCUUUUGGAACACAGUGUUCUUUGGUAGUGCCAUAGCUUUAUGUCCAUUUUCAAAAUUCAAUUUGUUAGUGUCAAUUUGUAUGCUUUAUAGAACUGUGGCAACCACGUCCUAUGAGAUACAUGGAAUAACAUCAUGAUAUUUUCAUAU